AUGGUGCCUUUCGUGCUCCGUCAGUCUUCCACGUCCAGUCCCGCCUGUCCUGUCUGCUCUUCGUCUCCUCUCCGUGUGGAUGGUCCCACAAAUGCAGAUCGGGCGAUGCGAGACUCUGCGCAUGUCGCUUCACGCGCCUCCACUCCUUCUCCCCGUCCUUUUCUGCACUCUCUGUUGCCUUCGCCUAGUCGGAAUCUCUCAUGCCCCCUGCCGCGGGAUAAGAGUGCAGAAGAGGCCCUCAGUCUCCCGACUCGGCUUGCCGUCCCUAGCCUGUCUCUUCACGUUGGAGAGUUUUUUGAGGAAUACGGAGCAGCUGUUGACAAGGUUUCCUGGCGCGGAUUCGCGGCGAAUUUGAGAAGGUCUUCUCCUGUCGACGCUGUUUCCGCCGUUGCGGACCUCUCUUCUGCUUCUCGUUCCUCCUCUUCCUCGUCAUGUGCUUCGGCGAGCAUCCCGCCUGUCCAACCGCUUUCUCUGCGAGGCGUUGCAUUCGAAUAUGGUCAUGACGUUGUCUCUUCAAGGAGCGAAGCUCUGUUUUUUCCAUCUUUUGAUGAAAAAGAAUUCCUCUCGAGGCCGACGUCGGUGGCAUCCUCUUCUGUUUCACCGUCCUCUGCUGCCUCCUGCGCUGGCCCGUCUUUCUGUUCUUCUCCAGGCCUUGGCGUAUCCGUCGCUGAGUCGAUGUCUCUUCCUCCGAAUUGUGGCAAUGCCCCAGGGAACAGUGGAGACUCAGAUCUACUGGCGACUCUGUCUAGCUCCCAACUUCACACAGGGAAUCCGUAA